UAUAGUGGUCACACUGCUUAUUGCGCACGCGGUUUUAUUUAUAAACAACUAAAAACCAUGCUUGCGAAUAUUUGUGAAAAAAGCUACGCGGCGGAGGCCCAGUACACAAACUUCUAUGGCGGCGGCGACAUUGCGUGGAGCUCGGAUGGCCAGCACUUUUAUUGCCUGAGCGGUGCCGCUGUCAACCAAGUCGACGUCCAGACCUCGCAAAUCUUGCAGAGCUUUGGAGUAAGCUCCGCGACAGUGGAGAAGAAGAAGCCGACCAACUUGGACGACAUCGAUGUGGAGGAGGAUGCGAUAACCUGCUUUGCGCUGUCGCACGAGCAUUUGGUAACUGCCCAUCGCAGUGGACUGUUGCGUCUGUGGCUACUGAGCACCUGCAAGCUGGUGAAGCUGUGGAAGGCGCAACACAAGGGUCCAGUCAUCAAAAUCGAGUUUAGUCCAUGCGGAAGGCUUGUGUGCACCAGCGGUGGAGCAGAUGCUACUCUAAGACUGUGGGAUUUCGCCAACAACAGCUGCCUGUGCGCCCUGAAGGACUUUCCUGGUCCAUGCUGGCUCCUGCGCUUCCAUCCAAAUGUCUUGCGAAAGGAGAUCUAUGCUGUGGGCUCGGAUAACACCAUUUACUGCUGGAACUAUCAGUCCAAGGCGCUGCUGCACAAAAUGCGAGGCCAUCUCUCGCAGGUGACCGGCCUUAGCUUUAAGAGCAACGAUGCUGAAUGCAAUAAGUUGGCUACUGUGAGUCGCGAUAAAGUGUUGAUCGUCUGGGAGCUGGAAGAUCAGGUGGAAGGAAAACAGUUGAAGGUGCUGCCGUUGUUCGAUGAGCUGGAAGGUGUCGUCUACGCAAACGAGGGCCGGGAGAUAGUUGUGGCCAGCCGAACAGGAAAUCUGCUGCAGGUUGAUGCCGAAUCCUGGAAGAUAAAGAACCUAUUGUCACAGUCGGACUUCCAAAUCAAUCGACUGCUACAUUGCAACGACCUCAAGCAAUUGGCUCUGGUAACCACCGAACAGAAUAUAAUCAUCUAUGAUGCCUCCAGCAUAGAACCCGUUAAGCACUUGGUCGGCUACAACGAUGAGAUCUUGGACAUGUGCUUCUUGGGAGACAACGACCGCUACUUGGCUGUGGCCACCAACAGCAAACACUUUAAGCUGUACGAUACGGAGAACGAUAUGAACUGCAAGCUGAUUGUCGGCCAUUCGGACACGGUCAUGGCUCUGGCAGGCUCGCACAAUCUGCUCAUAUCGGUGGGCAAGGAUUGCAGCAUUCGAUUGUGGAAGCUGGAGCAUGAAAAGCCCUGCUCCUUGGAAGCUCUAACGCAGCAGACCAACUGUCAUACCUCCACGAUCGGCUGUGUGGCCAUGACGCACAAUGGAGCGGCGGGUUUUGCCUCUGUGUGCCAGGACGGCAGCAUGAAGGUGUGGAACUUGAGCAGGGACAAACAGGAGCGCAACUCGUACACCUUUAAUCUGCGAUAUUCAGCUCUCGCCCAUGACAAGGAGGUCAAUUGUGUUGCCUAUGCCGUGAACAACAAAAUCUUGGCCACCGCUUCGCAGGACAAGACGGCCAAGCUGUGGAUGGCAGACUCCAAUUCGUUGCUGGGAGUGCUACGUGGCCACACCCGCGGCGUGUGGAGUGUGCGUUUCUCUCCCGUCGAUCAGGUUGUGCUCACAUCCUCCUCGGACUGCACGCUGCGUCUUUGGUCGAUCAGCAACUUUACGUGCAUUAAACGCUUCGAUCAGGAGUGCACAAUCCUGAGAGCAGAAUUCCUGGACCACGGCAAGUUUAUCGUCUCUGCAGCCUCCGAUGGCCUGCUUAAGCUUUGGAACAUCAAGACCAACACAUGUCUGCAGUCCCUCGAUGAGCACACGGAUCGUGUCUGGGCUUUGGCAGUCUCAGGCAGAAGUAAUCGCUUCUUCUACACGGGUGGCGCGGACUCCAAGCUGAUACGCUUUGGCGACGUAACGCAGGCAACGCGCAACGAGGCACUCGAUCAGCGUCAGGAGACUCUGGAGCAGGAGCAGACCUUACACUCGCUCCUCCAUGCACAGAAGCAGCUGCACAAGGCCUUUGUGCUAGCCCUGAACCUGAACAAGCCAAAAACCACCUUCGACAUAAUUGUUCACUUUGUGCGAGAGCGCGAUGAAGCCGGUCUGCGUCAGCUGGUGGAUCAACUGAAUGUGGAUCAGCGCGUGGCGCUGCUGCAGCACGUUAAGGCAUGGACCACAAACUCGCGCAACUCGCACGCUGCCAAUGUCAUCCUAAAGCAUCUAAUUGGAGAUGCUCUGCUGGACCCCAAGGCACGUUUCUACAACAACGGCAACAUGGUGGAGGUGCUCACACCCUACGUUCAGAGGCAUUUCAAAAGGAUCACCGAAAUGAACAAGGAGCUGGCCUUUCUGGAAUUCAUUGUCAAGUGCAUGUAGAUCACGGGCUAGAGGCAGAUUAUAUUCUAAAAUGAAAAUAAUUGUAUAAAACAAACAGAGUCCCAAACUAUUUUUCCUGCUCUGCAAAUCGUUUGCUACAUUCUAGAGAAAUUUCGUAUGAUGCACAUAAGUUAGUUCGGUAAUUAAUUAUAAGCAAAACUAUAUUUGUUUAACAUUUAUUUCAAUAUAGUUAUUAACAUUUAUAACCACUUACGUAUGUAUUGGAGGAGAGGAAUUUUGACAUUUCAAUCUAUAAAAAUUGUACAAAUUUCAUUUAAACGAAACUAAAAGUGUGUGUGACGAGACGAGACACCUGGAGCGCCUUGGAGGGCUCCCUAACUAUAGUUCCUCAGAUACAGAUACACUGAACACA